GACAGUCGGUCACGUGACUCUCUGAUUGAUGACGUAUGAUCUCUGUGGUCGUCGAAGGCUUGUCACUAGGCCUUUAUUUUUUUAGCGUGUAUUUCACUCUAAUCGUUUUAUUUAUAUUCGAGAUUAUGUCUACAGAUGUUCUGGAAGCUGCUGUGAUGCUGGAGACGCUGCGGGUGACAGAGCUCCGUCUUCUGCUCUCUAAAAUGGGCAAGAGUAAAAGCGGCCUGAAGAAGGAUCUGCAGAAGAGAGUGACGGAUCUCCUGCAUAAUGACUGCAGUCCUGAGCUUCUGUCCGCCGUCAGAGAGCUGCAUGAUCUCAGACAGAUCUCUAAAAGCAGGAGGUCAGGGAUAGAAAUCAUCUCCAUGCCGGAGAGUCUCUCGCCUGGAGGAACCCCCUCACCCAAAUCUGCAGGACCACAGAUGAUCAAACUGCCCUUCUACCAGAUGCUGGAGACCAUUAUUCCCCCCACACCUCUGGUGCCCACAUAUGGAGGAGCCAUGCAAAACUCAGACUUUCUGUUUCAUCUCAGUGAAAGUCAACAGGCGCUGAUCCAGAACAGCCGGUCGUCUCAGCCCGUUCAGGUGGUGCUCAGGAUUUGCUACAGCGAGAGCAUCGGUGUUGAGGAGGAUCAGUAUCCACCAAACAUCUGCGUUUCAGUCAAUCACAAUAACUGUCCAGUACAGUGUACAUAUUCCUCCAAUAAACUGGGGCUUGAGCCGUCUCGUCCGUGUCGGCCGAUCGACAUCACCUCUGACCUUUACCUGUCGUUCACAAACCGCUUCACAGUGCUGUGGGGGAACUUCGGCAAGAGUUACUCAGUGGCAGUGUAUCUGGUGCGGUUGGUGUCGUGUCAGCAGUUGUUGGAUCAGCUCCGCAGCUCCUCCGUCGAGCAGCAGGACGUCUGCAGACUCAGAGUUUCAGAGAAACUGCGCUCUGACCCUGAAACUGAGGUUGCCACUACAGGACUACAAGUGUCUCUCAUUUGUCCACUAGUGAAGCUGCGGAUGUCAGUGCCGUGUCGUUCCAGAGGCUGCGCUCACCUGCAGUGUUUCGACGCUUCUUUCUAUCUCCAGAUGAACGAGAAGAAGCCCAGGUGGAGCUGCCCCGUCUGCCACAGAUACGCCCCGUUUGAUGAGCUGCGCAUCGACAGUUUGCUGCGUGACGUUCUGGAGAGUUCUGGCGAGGAUGUGGAGGAGAUUAAAUAUCUGUCUGACAGCACGUGGAAAGCCGUAAAGCAUGAUAAAAGCAAUCAAAACAAAGGCUCUGCUCUUCAUCCUGUCAAACACAAUGUGAAUAGUAAACCAGUGAGAGACGCUGUGGUGGAUCUGACUCAGAGUUCCUCGGAUGAUGAAGAUUUCCAGAAGGAAGAGACCGUUUCCACACACAUCGAGGACAAAAGUGUGCACUUCAGGAAAUCUGGCAUAGUCAAAAGCGCUCGACACAAAGGUCGAAAAACUCAGGUGCACACAGAAAAACACAGAAAUGGUAACUGAACUGGGAUUUGUUUACUUUUUAAUGUUGUUUUUCUAUUAAUUUUUCUUUUCCAUGUCCAUUUUUGGUUAGUUUUGUUCAUUUUUUUUUUGUAGUCUUUGUUCUGAGGUGUGUUUUACUUUGUUGUAAAUCUUAAUUGUGGUUGCAAUAAAGUGUCAUCAUUAGAUGGAUA